AUGAAGAACCUGGAGAGCAGGCAGGCGGCGGUCACGCUCCUGCAAAUCAAGAACUACGACCCCACUAAGUAUGCGCCCAAACCGGAACCGGAGGAGACCCCCAAUAUAACCUUCAAGACGGUGAGCAUACCGCCGUCGGAUAGAGCGAGAGAGGUGAUGCACUGCAACACAGUCAUCGACCUGAUCAGUAAGGCCGUUGCGUUGGCGCAGCGCGAGAACGAAGAGUCUCAGAAUAUGACACCGAAUUACACGAGCGUUAUAGAAAAGACGCAUGCCAAUACAGAACCAUACCAAGAAUACGUAGAUGACCAGUACAACGCACCACAGAGUAUUAAUCAGGCAGAGGAGCACAAGGAGAUGGACCUCUCGCUCUACACGCGGACCUGUGAGAUCAAAUUCGAAAGAGAGGACCCAGAACCCGCUGCGUACGCGCACAGAACUAACGACGCGACCAAUCACGACGCGAAGAUGCAGCAGUUCUACGCGCGUGCGUGCGUCAGGACGAAAACGGAGAGGGAGAGCUCGUCGGUGUACGAGGACUGCAGCCAGAGCAGCAGCGGCUCGGACCCGGAUCGGCUUCAAAUGGAUAUCUCUGAGAUGUCGCAGGACGACCCUGAAGAAACUCAAUCGGUACCGUCAGCACAAUCAUCGCCCAAACCACCCCACGAAACUGAGACGGAAAAGGAAACACUCUGGCAUGCGUUACACAAACAAAAUGGUCGUGGUGGAGAGACGACGCAAUUGUUAAGGCGGCUGAUUAACAGCAAACAUACAGGGAUGACAGUGUCGCCACUCCGUGCGCAUACAUCGCCGUUACCCACGCAGAUGCCCCCCAAUGGCGCCAUCUCACCGAACGGCGAGUGGGCUAGUCCAGGUCGCGGUAGUGGUCAAGGCGCGGGCGGCACUGCGCGCAGGAAACAGAGCUGUCCGGCGCGGGCGCAGCCGCUACAGGAACAAGCUUGUCCAAUCAAAGCGGAGAAUGAACCAACGGACCAAGCGGCGAACAUUAAUUCGAAUAGAAGCAACUCUAACAACGCUUCAGGCGGAUCGCGGUUCGAGCUGACGUGCACCAACUGCGGCACUCACACCACGACAAUAUGGCGUCGCGACGCGCGCGGCGAGAUGGUGUGCAACGCGUGCGGACUGUACUUCAAGUUGCACGGGGUCCCACGCCCCACGGCUAUGCGCCGUGACACCAUACACACGAGGCGUAGGAGACCUCGUCACGAAGUCAAAUCGUCCAGAUCAAGACGGCGAGGUGGAAGCAGUGGCAACACAGAAGCUGUCGAAACGAGUGAACCCGUGUCUGGUAGUGGGGCGGCGUCUGUCGGGGGUGUAGCGGCGGACGGGGCGGAGGAAGCUGUGUUAAGUGCGCUGCGCAGACAACUUCAGCCACACCUCUUGGCUGCACUGCAUGCGCAUACGCGUCCGGCUCCGAUGGGUCGAGGUAUACCCGAGUACGAUGAAGCGCCGCUCAACCUCGUGGCGAAUCACGUGGCGGCCGAAGAGACGCAUUGA